AUGCCUUCGAUCGCGCUUCGUCCUGCGCCCCGCCUUCGCAGCAGCGCCAGUUCUAUUAUUCAUUGCGCCCCCUCGCCUGUCGCGCCAAUUCCGUGCGCAUUUUAUUCGCCGCCGUGCUCGCGUCAUCGAGGGACGGAGGCGCAGCGCAGAGGUCGUCCCGUCGCGUUUUCGCCAUCGCUCGUCGCUUGCGCACCCAGCACGUCGUUUCGAGACGGUCAGGUGAGAUCCGUGCGCACGCGGCACUCAGGCCUGUCGAGUCCCGAUCACGUCACCCUCGGGUCGGCCCUGUUGUGGGCCGUGCCGCGUUCCGUUGCACCACGUGCGCCGAUGCAACCCGCCGUUUUCGCGCAGCCAGGUACGGGUAUGGCGAAACGCUUGAAUGAUGGCGUGUUCUGCACCGCCCCCCUGUGGCACAGGCGCCCCUUGCCCCUGGCAAGGCGCCCUGCCUCGGGUGGCUUCUCCCUGUGCAUGGCGCGCUGUGGUGCUGCAUGGAGCGCUGUGGUGCUGCAUGGCGCGCUGUGGUGCUGCAUGGCGCGCUGUGGUGCUGCAUGGCGCGCUGUGGUGCUGCAUGGAGCACGCCUGCUUACUUAUCCUCCUACUCUCUCACCCAUCCGUCCACAGCCGUUGCUGGCAGCGACCUCUCCGUGCCGCCACUGGCGCCUCUCUCCAUCCGCCAUGGCCACCCCUGCCCACCACUCCGUACCACCACCACCUCAUGCUGCUGAACCAAGUGAUGCGGCCAAGGCUGAGCUGGAGGCCCGAAACGAGCGCAGCACGGCGGAGGUGGCAGCGUUGCGGCGCUCAGAGGUGGGCGUGGUGGUGGUGGACCACGGGUCCCGGCGACCCGAGUCCAACCAGCAGCUCGACCUCUUCGUGGGGGUGUUUCAGCAAGAGACGGGCUACUCCAUCGUGGAGCCGGCGCACAUGGAGAUAGCAGAGCCGUCCAUAGCGGUGGCAUUCUCGCGGUGCGUGCAGCGGGGCGCCAGGGGCGUCAUCGUGUGCCCCUACUUCCUCUCGCCCGGCCGCCACUGGCAACGGGACAUCCCGGCGCUGGCAGCAGAGGCAGCAGCGCAGCACGGCAAUCGAGUGCCCUUUAUAGUCACUGCGCCCAUUGGGGUGCAUCCACUCGUUGCUCGUGUGUUGGAGCAGCGCAUCGCCCACUGCCUGCAGCGAGUGGCCAGCGAGGAUGCUAGCAUUGCAUGUGAUGCAUGCAGGGAUGGGGGGGGUUGCAUGGACCAGAAGCUUCUUUGA